AUGGCGACCGUGAGACCCGUGGCGAACGUGUAUAGCACGAGCAGCAAGCAGGUGGUUGGAGAGGUGGAAAUUCCUGUGGUGUUUCAAACACCCAUAAGGAGUGACCUCGUGCAGGAAGUUUUUAAGAACGUAUCGAAGAACAGAAGACACCCAUACGCAGUAAAGUUGGAGGCAGGGUAUGAAACAUCUGCUGAAUCAUGGGGAACAGGAAGAGCAGUGGCAAGAAUUCCCAGGGUACCAGGAGGAGGAACCCACAGAGCAGGACAAGGAGCCUUUGGAAAUAUGUGUAGAGGUGGAGGGAUGUUUAACCCAACGAAGAUAUGGAGAAGGUGGGGAAGGAAAGUAAACCUGAAGGAGAAGCGUUACGCGGUUUGUUCAUCCAUUGCAGCUAGUGGUGUUACAUCGUUGGUCCUAGCGAGAGGACAUAGAAUCUCCAACAUUAAGGAAGUACCACUGGUAGUUAGCGAUGACAUGGAAUCCAUUAGCAAGACGAAAGAUGCGCUGAAAUUUCUAAUAACUUUAGGACUGAAAGAUGAAGUGAACAGACUAAUUAAGUCCAAAAAGAUUAGAGCUGGAAAAGGAAAAAUGAGAAAUAGGAAAUACCGAAUGAGGAACGGCCCUCUCAUUAUAUACAACAAAGAUUCUGGCGUGAAAAAAGCCUUUAGAAAUAUCCCUGGAGUUGAUUUGUGUAAGGUUACCAAGUUGAACUUGCUAAAGUUGGCCCCCGGUGGAUCCAUUGGCAGACUAUGCAUUUGGAGUGAAAGCGCAUUCAAACAGUUGGACGUAAUGUAUGGAAGGAUCUACAAAAAGAAUGUUACGAAAAAAAAUUACAUCCUACCAAAGUCUAUUAUGGCUAACUCAGAUAUCUACCGAAUUAUUAGCAGCGAACAGGUACAGGCAACCCUGCUGGCGAAGAAGAGACCCUGCAAGAAGAGACUACAGAAUAAGAACUCCCUCACGAACUUUGCCGUCAGAUGUAGACUGAACCCGGCGUAUAAGCUGCUCAGAUCCCUUGCUAUCAUGAAAAUGAAGAAGAGCAUCGAAGCCAAGAAGAACAACAAGAAGGAACUCAGGGUUAAGAAGAAAAUAGAGAAGAAGGAGCUGCAAAAGGUUAACCACGCCUACUACACCAGCAUUGCCAAUUCGCUGAAACGCAAGAAGAAGAAGGAGGAGAAGAAAGCCAAAUCGAAGAAAGACGCCGACAAGGCGCUCCUCCCCACGGCAGGGGAUGAAUAA